CCUCCCUCCUCCCCCCUCCUCUCUCCUCCUCCGGUCGGCCGGCCACAUUCCCCGCUACCUUUCACCCCAGAGAAACCCCGAUCAGACGGCGAAGCACCGCGGACAAACCCCGGGACAACAUGGCGUCAGGUGUGACAGUGAACGAUGAGGUCAUCAGGGUGUUCAACGACAUGAAGGUGAGGAAGUCUUCGACCCAGGACGAGGUGAAGAAGAGGAAGAAGGCAGUCCUGUUCUGCCUGAGUGAGGACAGGAAGAAGAUCAUCGUGGAGGAGGGGAAGCAGAUCCUGGUGGGAGACAUCGGAGAGACCGUGGACGACCCCUACGCCUGCUUUGUCAAGCUCCUCCCCCUCAACGACUGCAGAUACGGCCUGUACGACGCCACCUACGAGACCAAGGAGUCCAAGAAGGAGGACCUCGUCUUCAUCUUCUGGGCUCCGGAGAGCGCUCCACUGAAGAGUAAGAUGAUCUACGCCAGCUCUAAAGAUGCCAUCAAAAAGAAGUUUACAGGUAUCAAACACGAGUGGCAGGUGAACGGGCUGGAUGACAUCCAGGACCGCACCACGCUGGCCGAGAAGCUGGGUGGGAACGUGGUGGUGUCUCUGGAGGGCAAGCCGCUGUGAUGUCACUGCGGCGAGCCGAGCGGAGCCAAGCCAACCGCCGUGCCAUCCGGACCGAAGCACCUGACCCCACCUGAACACCGCCGCUUCACCCAGCAGCUUGCUCUGUCUGUAUCCAUGUCCUGAAGGAGUUAGCGUCUUUAGGCCUCUUUGUUUUCUUUUUGUUUUUGUUCGUUUUUGCUUUUUUUCCAACAUGAAGAAGAUCUCAUUAACAUAAUGAUAUGCAAACACCUCCCAGUUUGUUGCCACAUGACUUCUGUUCACCUGGCAGAAAAAAAACAAACAAAUCGACACACUACCAAACCCCAGGAAGGUUGUCUCUCUCUCACAGCCAGAGUUUUGCCAAAAAGUCGAUGUGAAGGAAGCAGCCGCUUGUGUCGGAGACGAGCGCCGCGACGCUCCGCCUCCUGCAGCACACGGGUUUUUACAUAUGACUUUAUUUAUUAUUGUAAAGUGUUGUUUCUUCUCCAGUAUGUUCAAACCAGGCAGACACAUUGUUAGACUAUGCAUUCAGAAGAGAAGAAGAAGAAGAUUAUUACCCAGCACUUUUUGUUCAAACACUACAGGUUGAGACAGAAAAGAUCCUGACGUUAAAUUCUCUGUAUUUAUGUCACCACGCUAACGUUUGUUUACCUCAGUUUUCAUUCCUGUCGGACUCACCGUCAUUCUAGCUGUUUGGUCGUCGCCUUACUUUCAGUUUGAAUGUAACCGUCACACCAGAGUUAGUUAGAGUGCACUUUUAUUUUGUAAAGAAACACUACAGGAAGCAGAUUUGACCCCAGCAGUGAGAGACGACCCCACAACAACAACAACAACAACAAGAACACAACGACAUCUGGAGCCUUAAAGUGGAACGUUGUUUCUGAGAUCACAGGAAGCCACUUUGCAAUAAAAGCCUGUGGCAGAUCUGA